AUGGAGAUAUCAAACCCAAACACAUUAUUUAUAUUUAAGGACAGUAGUCACGGUACGGGCGCUAUCAAAGCUAAGGUGCAUGGCUUCGGCUACUCAGCCUCUUAUAAGAGCGAAGAUGAUCUCGUCAAGCUUCCCAAAUCAGAGGGUUGGCAAGCUCCGGAGUACGUUGAGUGCAGGAUAAAGCCAGCACAAGCGCGCAAGACGGAUGUCUUCCCAUUUGGUCUGGUCUUCUAUGGCUCCUCUUUGAACCUUAUUUCCCUCGUAGAAGACCACUUCCUACCGAAGCUGAAUGGGCGAUGUCGUGCUUUAAAGAUAUCCAUUUCGCUCACUGCAUUCUACAGCGCUGAUUUCAGGUUGCGCUUCUUCAUGAAGAAUUGCCUGCAGUUUCGGGUUCAAUCAUCUACAAUAGGUGCCGACCCGAAUACUACUGCUCAGCUAGCUCUUUGUUACAAAAUUGGAUUUGGAUGCUUGCGAGACGACGAUGAAUACGAGUAUCUUGUGCAGCGAUUCGAUUUGAGAGACAUAGGAAUUGAAGAGCUUGUAAACACCCCAGAAGUACCAACCCAGUCUGGAGCUGUCUACAAAAAUUUAAGGACUAAAGGGCAUACAUACCCAAUAGGGCUCCUUGACCAAUUUCAAGUGCCCAACAAACUAGCAAUGGCCGAGAGAUAUGCAAGCAGAGAGAUCAAUGAUCUUAAGCAUGUUCUUCGAGACGAAAACACCAUAUCUUUACGAUUGGGACAAAUCUUAGCGUCAAUUGUUGGAAAGCAAGGACGAUUCCCAGAGGCCAAGCGUAUGCAACUGGGGGUCUUGAUUACGAGAGUCUCAUUGUUUGGUAUGGAAGACCCUCUUACUUUGAAUAGUCUGCAGGCUUACGUAUUGUGCACGGAGGAGCUUAAAGAGCUUGAAGUAGCUGAGCAACUGGGGCUGAAAUUGAGUGGGGUGGAUUGCAUAGCAUGA